GACGACAACAGCAAAGCGGACGCAAAACCCGCCGACAAUAGGCCGGCAAAUGGCGGACAUAACGGACAGACCAGUGGCCGCACGACUGCCAUCACUCCCACCGCCACCACAACGUCGGCCACCGGUUCCCAGUCCUCAGACAAUGGCAUUGAGAAUCACUACAAGUUGUAUGACUUGGUUUGGGCCAAACUCGAGGGGUACCCGUGGUGGCCGUCCAUUGUGUGUCUUCACCCGUCGACUAACACACACGUCAAACGUAAGGGCAAAGCGGUGUCAAUUCACGUCCAGUUCUUUGACGAUCCGGUGAGCAGAGCGUGGAUUCGCUUCCGAGAUCUGAAGGAGUACUUCGGGAAACACAAGUCAGACGUACCGCUACUUAAAGACCAGAAGUGGAAUCAGGCGAUAGAGUUCGCCGAUCAGGCGCUCAAAAUGGAUGUCGAGGACAGGUAUACACUGAUCGCCGAUCUCAGGGCUACCGAUGACGAGGACAUGGAGACCGGCGGCGGCGACGCCGAGCCUGAGGUCACGACUCCUAAGAAAGUGUCAAAGAGUUCUCCGAAUAAGAGCUCCAGCGCUGAGAAAGAGAGUCCGAAAGCAAAUACUGAUAAAUUGGAGCCGAAGUCCGAUUUGAAGCGAAAGGCCAGCCAUAGAGAGACUGACAGAAAGAAGUUUAAACGAAUCGCUUUGGACUCGAGUGAAGACGAUUCCGCCGGAAGUGAUGAGGAGUUCAAAGUUAGCUCAGAAGACGACGACUCUAGUGAUGACGAAGACGUGAAACAAAUCUCUGACGAGGACUUGGAUCUAUCGGAUUUGGACGAAGACUCAGAUUUGUCUGAUUUUGAGCCCAAAAGCAAAAGAAAUAAGAGCUCGAAAUCAAAGAGCGGUUCCAAAUCGAAAUCGAAAAGUAGUUCCAAAUCAAAGAAGUCAUCGAAAAAAUCGAAACAAAAAUCUAAUAAAAAGUCGAAGAAAAGGAUGACUUCUUCUGAUGAAUCCGAUUCGAAGAAAAGGAUGACUUCUUCUGAUGAAUCCGAUGUUCUAAGCCUUGGAUCUGAUUUCGAUUCAUCGGAUUCUGACAGCAAAUCAAAGAAGAAAACAAUAAAUAAAUCUAAGAAUCGGAACACAGAAUCUGAUGUUAUAAGUCUUGGAUCUGAUUUUGAUUCAUCGGAUUCUGACAGCAAACCAAAGAAAAAGCCAACAAAUAAGUCGAAAAAUCGGAACACAGAAUCUGAUUCCGAAGUGUCAAACACUGAAUCUAAAGCAAAAGCGGAAAUUUCGACGCCGAAGAAUAAACAGAGCAAUUGGUUGACACAGAGAUCAGAGAAACUGAGUUCCGCGAAACCGACGAAUUCAAAGGCAAAGAGCCGUUCGUUAUCCACUCCUAAAUCUAGUGCUAAGAAACUCAACAAAAGUGUUAUGUCUGUCGGCGAAGAGUCUUUCGUGUCAGUUGUCGACUACACCAACGAACAGAGCGGCGCCAAAGAGUGGACGCACUAUAGCUAUGAGUUUCUGAAGCCCGAGAAACUAAAGGACAAAAAGGGAAGAUUUAGACUAUUGAACGGCGAAGUGAACCCCGAAUACGACGCGACCACUCUGUCAGUGCCCGAGAGCUUUCUAAACAAUUGUACGCCAGCGUUGAAGCAGUGGUGGAUAUUUAAGUGUCAACAUUACGAUACGGUGCUGUUCUUCAAAGUGGGCAAAUUCUACGAACUCUAUCACAUGGACGCCGUUUUAGCCGUCAAUGAGCUGAAGAUUAUAUACAUGAGGGGCGACUCAGCGCACGCCGGCUUUCCCGAGAAGGCAUUCAAACGCUACGCCGAUGUACUCAUACAGAAGGGCUAUAAAGUGGCCCGAAUUGAACAAACGGAGACACCGGCGAUGAUGGAGGACAGGGUUAAGGCUUCUACUAAAAAGUCAACUAAAUUUGAUAGAGUAGUCAAUAGAGAGGUGUGUCGAGUGGCCUCUAUUGGCACCCGAAUGGCGUCUGUAAUCGACGCCGAUAUGCUCUCCGAUCAAAACUCGUAUUUGUUGGCCAUCACAGAAGUCACAACUGAAAGUGGUGUGGAUUUUGGCGUUUGUUUUAUCGACGUUUCGAUCGGGAAAUUCAAUUUGUGUCAGUUCUCGGACGACAGAUACUGUUCCCGUUUGCGGACACUUAUCGCGCACAACACUCCCGUCGAACUGAUAUUGGAUCGCAAGGGUCUGUCGACUAAAACUAAACAGUUGUUAGAGAAUUGUGCGCCGAAUGCGCGCAAAGAGCACAAGAAAGAGUUCUGGUCCGCGAAGAACACAUUGAAACACUUGACUGAAAGCGACGUUUUUAAUGGAGAUCUGCCGCAAGUGCUGAACGCAAUGGUUGACGAAACCGAUUCUCUUAAACAGACGGCUAAACCUCAAUACGAAUUGGCUAUCCGUGCGUUGGGAGCCGUCAUCGAUGUCUGUACUGAAUCUCUGAUCGCAGACGAAGUUCUGUCGAUGAAACUGAUGGAAGAGUACAUACCCUGUGAUACGAACCGUGAGGUGACCGACGAAACGGGCGAUAAAUUGCCCGAACAUAUGAUUCUCGACUCAUUUACUCUCAGAAAUUUGGAGAUAUUUCACAACAGUUUGGGCGGCACUGAAGGCACACUUUGCGAAGUAUUGGACUUCUGUUCGACACCAUUCGGGCGAAGACUUCUCCACAAAUGGAUUUGUUCUCCACUUUGCGAUAUUUCUAAGAUAGAGGACCGCCAGAGGGCUGUCACCGAUCUGUCAAACGUUAACAUUCGCUAUGAUAUCGAUCAGACAAUCAAAGCGUUGAAAAAAUUACCAGAUUUAGAGCGACUGCUGAACAAAAUCCAUAGCCAAGGAUCUGCUAAACGGGCCAAAACCCAUCCGGACUCGAGAGCCAUAUUCUUUGAAAUGGAUUUUUAUAAUAAACGCAAAAUAUUGGACUUUUUAUCCGUUUUGGACGGUUUUAAAGAAUCGGUGAAAAUUGUUGAAUCGUUUCAGAAACACAUCGAAUCGUUCGGGUCUUCCAUUUUGAAGACAUGUUUGUCAUCACGCAAUGAUAAUGGAAAAGGAUUUCCCGAUUUGAAGGGAAAACUCACAUUCUUUGACAAUGCGUUUGACCACAAGAAGGCCAGACAAGAGGGACGUGUUUUGCCACACACGGGCGCCGAUCCUGAGUUCGAUGAUUGCGUUGAGAGAGAGGAAUCCAUUGUUAAAAAGUUGGACAACUAUUUGGUCGAACAGCGAAAGUUCUUCGGCUGUAACGUGACUUACUUCGGGACCGGAAAAAAUCGAUACCAAUUGGAAGUGCCGGAGAGUGCGACCAAAAGGAUAGGCAAAGAAAACAACGACUAUCAGUUGGAGAGUUCACGCAAAGGCUAUAAACGCUAUUCAACUCCUUUUACGAGAAAACGAUUUGAAGAGUUAAUGGCAGCCGAAGACCAGAAAGACGCCGUCCUUCGGGACGUUAUGCGAAGAAUUUUCGAAGCGUUUGAUAAUAAUUACAGCAUUUGGUUGGAAGCGACGAAUUGUCUUUCAUUGCUGGACGUGUUUCUGAGUCUCUCAAAGAGUCGAUCAUUCCUUCAACAGAACCGUUCGGUUGUAUGUCUUCCGAAGUUCAGUCAUUCAAAGACACCGUUUGUUGAUUUAGUCGAUUCCCGAAAUCCAUGUCUACUUAAGUACUGCGAAAACUUUAUCCCAAACGAUAUCAAGAUUGAGAGCGAACUCCUUCUGGUGACCGGACCUAAUAUGGGCGGUAAGAGUACUCUUAUGCGUCAGUUGGGACUCAUUGUCGUUAUGGCACAGAUUGGCGCUUGCGUUCCGGCGAAGGAGUGUUCGCUGAGUCCAGUGGACCGCAUAUUCACACGACUCGGAGCUUUUGAUCGUAUCGUUGAGGGCGAGAGUACUUUCUUUGUCGAACUGAGCGAAACGGCUGUUGUAUUGAAACACUCGACUAAACAUUCGCUCGUUUUAAUUGAUGAAUUGGGUCGGGGAACGUCAACAUUUGACGGAACAGCCAUCGCCUGUGCGGUCACUAAAGAGUUGAGCGAAAACAUCAAAUGUCGCACAUUAUUCUCAUCCCAUUACCACUCUUUAGUGGAUGAGUUUAGAGAUAAUCCGUCCGUCAAAUUGGUUCAUAUGGCCUGUAUGAUUGAGAAUGAGAACGAAAGCGAUCCGACAGAAGAGAACAUCACAUUCCUCUAUAAACUCAAACACGACUCGUGUCCCAAGAGUUACGGCUUCAACGCAGCCAUGAUUGCGGGUCUGCCCCGUAAUGUCAUCCAAAACGCAUUCAAGAGAUCCAAAGAGUUUGAGCGACAAAAUCUGGUCGAAAAGAUAUUUACAAAAGUGAUGCAAAACAACGAAAGCGAAUCGGAGAUCAUGUCUCUUAUCCCUCAUCUCAAGAGUUUUAGUCUUAACAAUAAUUAAGUCAAUGUUUUGUUGAAAAUAUGAUUGAUUUAUAAUCUCUAAUCACUUUCUCAUAAAAAAUUUAUUCGUGAAAUAUUCCUAUUUUUGUUUACAAAUACAGAUAUCUGUUGCGAUCGACACUUGAAUUCAUUUAUUGUCAGUAUUUUCAUAACAUUUGUAUUACAGUUAAAUAAAUCAAUAAAUAUUAUUACAAUUAAUA